GAAGAAGAAGAAGAAGAGUGUUUUGUCAACAGAUAAAAUCAUUUUAAAUUUAAAUAUGGAGGACGACGAAUGCUUUAUCCAAGCUUUAAUAGAAAGUGUAGAAAAAAAGAAAUGUUUGUACGAUAAAAGGGAUCCAUUUUAUUUUAAUCGUAUAUUUUAUUUUAAUCGCAGGCAAUUGCAGAACAAUGCGGCAAAAGUGGUAUGUAUUAACACUGUUAUAGGAACAUAUAUUUUUGUAUUAUAUAUUUUUUAUGUUUGUUUCAAUUAAAAGAUCUAGAAUGAAAACAUAGAUGGAAGCUACUCCGGGAGCGAUUCUGCAAGGAAAUAAAAAGGCUAGAAGCUCCAUCAGGUAGCGGAAUGUGCUACUUGGAGGAAUGGCGUUUUUUGAAACCCAUGAUGUUUUUAAAAGACUCCGUCACACCGCGUCGCACCCGUGAUAAUGCAGAAGCAAAUGCAGAAUCUGUCUUGGAUUCGUCAACAACGGAUAGUUUGACUGAAAGUCCAUCGCCACCUCAGAAGAAGAAGAAAAGUAGUGAAUUAGAAAGUCUCUACCAGAAGCUUGGCGCAACUAUAAAUAAUUUAGAAAAGCAGAUGGCGGCGCCGGCUGAAAUAUGUGAAACUGACGAGGCUUUUAUGACGACGGUUUUGUGUCUGAUGAAGGACCUGCCAGUGUCGGUCAAAGAUGAAUUCCAGGAGAAAAUGAUCUUGGAAUUAUAUCGCUUAUGUCGCGAAAAUAGACAAUCUUAG